AUGUCGCAGGUCUUGGGCCAAUACGAUCAAUGGGAUCAGUCGCAGCCGCCGCAAACCCAGUCCAUCCAACAAACCCAAUAUCCCCAAGCGCAGUCGGGGAUUUACUAUGAAUCCGCUGAUGGACUAGUUGGUUUGCCGGCUCCCGCCACUCAACAGCCGGUCCAGCCCAUUUUCCAGCAGCCCUACUAUCCGCCGCAGCCCGCGCAAACCUGGGGCAUGGAUCAGAGCCAAUAUCGCCAACCGGGCCAAUUCAUCCCCAACCAACCCGCCUAUGACUAUCAACAACCAGCGCAAGGCUACGGCAAUUACAUGAUGUCCUACCCAAUGAAUCAAAAUAGAGCCGUCCAACCGCCCCAAGGAAGUUACUACAACAACUUUGACCAUAGUCAACAACCCAGCACAAGUCAGCAGUUUUAUCAGAACCCACAGCAGAUCCAACGCAAACCAUCCGAUGUACAGAAGGAAGAGAAGCCGGAGGAUUCGAAACCGAGGAGCUCAGACGAUCGGCCGGUUGUCAGAUUGUCGGUGAAUCUGAUUACCACCUACAAGAACAUCAAUGAGGUGGGUGGGGAAAUUUGGUUUUUUGGAAAUGUUUUGGCGUAUAAAAUUUCACCUAUUAUACAUCAUUAGAAAGCUGAGACAAUAAGCUGGCUAACGAUACAAAAAUUUUUGUGAUUUUGCUGAUAGGUGACAUUUUAUACGAUGAAAAAGUUUUUCAAAAUUUUUGAUCGAACGAAUUCCAAAAAAAUCUUUUGUACCUCGAAAGCCGUCAUGAUUUCCGAAAUGGUGUUGUCCUCAAAACAUUCCCCGUUGAUUUUAGAACUACUACAACCGCAAGAUCCGCCGACGUCAUGAGGAAAGACGCCAGGAAGCCAUCAAAAAGAGCCAGCAGCUCUCCAAAAACCAACAACUCCAACAACAACAGACCCUCAGCACUGUGCAUUCGAUGCCUCAGAUGUCCCAAUACCUCCAACACGACCAGAACCAACCCAUGGUCAUGCAAAAUCAAUAUCAAAUGCAUCAGGGCAACUUGGGCAUGGGAAAUUUGAACAUCAACCAGAUGCAGAAUCCAGUGCCGAAUAUGGUGAGCGAAUUUAUUUGUUUGAAUGUGUUUAGGUCUGAAAUGUAAGAGGAGUAAACGAAAGUCGGCUUGAUAGUGUUUUUGAUAGUAGUAACGUCUUAUACGAUGAAACAUGUCUGAACGAAAAUUCGUUGGCAACUUCCGUCGUAUAAGAUGUCACAUGCGGAAACGGAAGUUUAAUGGUUCGUUUUUCAGUCUCAACUCCUGGGCAUGUCAAACAUUCGAACGGCGCCUCCACAGAACCCACAACCACAUCAAGUUCAAAUGCACCCGGCCGGCCAAAUCCCCCUGGUACCCCUAACUGCCGGCGAAAUUCGCUCCGAAAGUCAGGAGUCCAAGGACGAUGAGAAUUACGACUACAGAAUCACCAUUGGCGAAGUGAUCAAUUACCGGUACCGCGUGGACAAGAACAUCGGAAAAGGGUCGUUCGGACAAGUUGUGAAGUGUUACGACAUGUUGGAGGAUGAUAAUGUUGCGCUGAAGAUCAUCAAGAACAAGAAACCAUUCCAUGAUCAGGCCAGGAUUGAGAUUAGACUGCUGGAAUUGUUGAAUUCCCAUCAUUCCGAGGCCAGAAGUUGUGUCGGUAAGUUUCGUGGAGAAGGUGAUGAUGUUUUAGUGGGAAAAUAAUGCUUUUAUUAGACUAUUCAGACUAUGCAUGUAAUAUUUGAACUUGUUUCAGUCAAACUGAAGACCUCCUUCACAUGGCGCAAGCAUCUGUGCCUGGUCUUUGAACUACUUUCGUACAACUUGUACGACUUGUUGCGCAACACCAACUUCCGUGGAGUGUCCCUGAACCUCACCCGCAAGUUUGGCCAACAAUUGGCCCACACUCUCUGCUUUUUGGCCCAACCCGACCUCAAUAUCAUCCAUUGCGAUUUGAAGCCGGAAAAUGUGCUUUUAUGCAACCCGAAGAGGUCGACGAUCAAGAUAAUCGACUUUGGAUCGUCGUGUCAGUACGACAACCGGAUUUACCAGUACAUCCAGUCGAGAUUCUACAGAUCUCCCGAGGUUUUGCUAGGAUUGAGUUAUGGCCGACAGAUUGACAUGUGGUCGUUGGGCUGUAUUUUGGUCGAGUUACACACCGGAGAGCCCCUCUUCCCGGGGCACUCGGAAUACGACCAGAUGAUGCGAAUCGUCGAGGUUAUGGGAAUCCCACCGGCACAUAUGCUCAAUGUGUCCCCAAAAACUAAAAGAUUCUUCACUUUGAAUGAGAGUAAGACAAGAGGUUUCCAAAGUAUCAUAUCCUUUCUUCUCACUCCAAUCAGCCUUAAAACAACGUUUUUUCGAGUUGUUUUAAAGCUUAUUAGAGUGAGAAAAAAGGAUAGGAUACUUUGGAAUAGAGAUUUGUCAGUUUUGGGGUGAGAGGAACACUUGACCCAAAAAUAUAAAUUUUUGAGUCAAGUGUUUCUCUCAGCGGAUUUUGAUGGGAAAUUGACUGAGAAGUGAUAAAAAGAUGUGCGAUUGGUCUAAAUGAGUAUUUUUCAGAAGGAGAAUACGUCCCGAGACGCUCCCGCGACGCCAAAACCACCUACAAACUGCCCGCGACAAGACGUCUUCAUGACGUUUUGGGCGUUGACAUGGGCGGCCCAUACGGUCGCCGAUACGGAGAACCGGGUCACGGCGCCGAGGACUACGAGAAAUUCAAGGAACUGAUCCUGAGAAUGCUCGAAUACAACCCGGUGAAGCGGCUCACCGCCCAAGAAGCGGUCCGUCACCCGUUUUUGUACAAGGGAACGGCCGAUGAGGGCUUCGGAAACAUGGUCCGAAGUCAACAGCAUCAACAGAGAUACGGCAGCGAGCUGGGAGCUCUGUCGAUGUCGCAACAAGUCCCGGAUUCUCUGCACAAGCCGUAUGGAGAUCAAGGAGACGAGCUGGCCAAUAUUCAUAGGCGAGUCGAGGACGACAAUGUCCUCCCCAAUUAUCAAGUGGAGCAGCAGCAACUCCCCACCAACCAUUUGCAGCCGAUUGCUUAUUUUAAGUAAGUGUUUUUUUUUUGAUUUUUCUUGGAUUUUAGGCGAAAAGUUGAAGAAAUUGGAAAAUUUUGGCGUUUUGAGCUCAAAACAGGUCUAAUUUUGGUGUUAAAAUUAGGCAUAGAGUAUGUAGAAGGGAUUGAGAAGGUAAUAAAAUCAAUUUCAGUACCGAUCUGACCCAGAGCGGCUUCGGAAUGGGCCAACAACCGGCGGUGAACGUCGCCAGAGUCGUCGCACCCACCUACGUUCAUCCGCAAGUCACCACCGAUCAAACAUAUGUAAGUUUUUGGAUGAAGUAGAGGAUUAGGAAGGGUUGACAGGGAAUUUGCGGAGAUUUGAGAUUAAAAAGGACAAGGUUUGGAUAAAAUUCAGGAAAAGUUGGGUUUUUUGGGGAUUCUAGAAAGUUUUGGGCGUAUAAAAUGGUAGUGGAAGGGAAAAAUACAAUUUUUGGGAUUGAGGUUGUAGAUGAAGGUUUUUUUGACCUUUUGUGUAGUUUUUGAUGGUAAAACACGCAUAAGGAGGUGUUUUUGUAAUAGUCGUUUUGUUUUGUCUCUAUGGGGAUUCGAACUUGCGACCUUUGUAGUGGUAGGUUUAACCAAUAUCCACUAGACUAUCCGGACGCAGGGUCGAAAAAGAAAGGGAUUCGACAGGAGGUGGAUCCACGUGAAUGUAAAGUACAGGGUGUACCAAAUUCGGUGCCCGAUUUGAAUUGGCUAUAACUUCUUUAAUUUUGGGCCAAAUUUUAAAAUUCUUUUUUUCCCUGAAUCCUCAGACAACCCCAUUUUGUCUGAUACCAAAUAUGUUAUACAAAGGUAAGUGUCAUCUACAGUUAUUGCAUUUAUUCUUGAAGUUCAUUUUUUUGGUCGUUUUUCGGUUGUUUUUUCGGCCUUUCCCGGUGUGUCCGAAAAUGGAAGUGCGGAAGAAAAGUACGGUGGAAUUUCCACUCCUGAAAAUCGACGAUGAGAAUAAGCACAAAAAGUGAAGAUCAACCUCCAGAGUUCGUCGAAUGGUCCUUGGUGAAGGCAUUCCCUCGGUUCUGGCCAAACUUCGUGUACUCAUAUGCGGAUUUUCUCGGAAUUUUGACUAAACUUCUUCCAUUUUCAGCUACGUUCGUACCCAUCUUUCCUGCUUUUUUUGUUUCCUGUUAACGCUGCCAAUCUCAAGGAACUUAUUCCACCAACGCCGAAAUGUCUUGCGAUCUGGGUUGGGCCUUACGUCCGUAUUUCAUCCUUUAUUCCCUUUGAACAUUUAUCGGCGAACCGUAUUUGCCAUACCAAACCACAGACCAAGCUUUUUCUUCCACACCGUACUCCAUUUUCGGACACACCGGGAAAGGCCGAAAAAACAACCGAAAACGACCAAAAAAAAUGAACUUCAAGAAUAAACCUAAUAACUGUAGAUGACACUUACCUAUGUAUAACAUAUUUGGUAUCAGACAAAAUGGGGUUGUCUGAGGAUUCAGGGAAAAAAAGAAUUUUAAAAUUUAGCCCAAAAUUAAAGAAGUUAUAGCCAAUUCAAAUCGGGCCACGAAUUUGGUACACCCUGUACUCUUUUUUCAGUUUGCGAUGACCACCACCGACUCCCAACCCCAACAAGCCCCCAUUGGCACCCAGCCCACCCAUAGCCAAUAUCAACAACCCUCAACUUCGGCUCAAGCCGCGCCUCCCAACCAAAACCAACCGCAGAAUCAGACGGUCACUGUGGUCAGACCCAUUGCCCGCAUGACAUUGAAUCAGGCCAACAACAAUAAUGCUGGCCAAAGCAAUGUGAGCACGGUAACGAAGAAGUUGUCAACGGGAUCGAUGAAAAAUUCCCAAAACAACAACAAUCAGCCACAAACGAGUCAGAGUUCCCAAGGUUUUGGCGAUCAGAAUAAUCAGGUAAACAUUUGGAAUAGUUUUGCGGAGUUUGCGAAGGUUUGGGACGUGUUAUACGAUGAAACGUGCCCAAUAUUGAUUUUGGUGAAUUUUGGUUUAGAAUGAGUGGAAAUGGGUUAGAUUAGAGAGGUAAUUAGACUAUUAGACGGUUAUUUUACUUUUUGAGAUUAGGGUGACAAUUUAUACGAUGAAAAAUGCGAUCGAAAUUUUUUUGUAAAAACAGGUUUCAUCGUAUAAAAUGGUCUUGCUAAUGUAUAGGAAAUGAAUAAUUGGAGUAUUUGCAGGUUGGUCAGAGCCAAGAGAACCACGAAAAGGUCGAGCAAACAGCAAAAGUUUACUAA